CUCGUUGGAUAUGAGAGCGGACUAACUCGCGUCGUCUCUCCACGGUUCUCGCCCGCCUGCCUCGCUCUAUGGACGGCCACCGGGCAGCGGAGGACUCGGGGAUUGUCGUCGUCGGGACCGCAGCGUUUUUCCGGGACCCAACGGUGAUAUAAAAUCACGGGACAGAGGAGGGGGAAGAAAACGAAGAAGAAGAAUUUAUAAAACACAAACACCGGGAGUUUAUAAAGGGAGGGAAGAAGAAGAAGGAGAAGAAGAAGGAGUAGAAGGAAAAAAACAAGCGAAAGGGGAGCGGGAGAGGAGAAGAGGAGCAGCCGCCGGAGAUGUGCGGUCGGGCCGAGAUUGCGGCGAUAGGUAGGUGUCCCCGUCUAGGCCUGGCCUGAGCAGAUUGUUCUGAGAGGAAGCGGGACAACAAACGGGGGAAGUGAGCAUGGCCUCAAGCUUCUCCUCCGGCGGCCCCGGCCCGUGGGCGGACGGCGGCGCCGACGCCACCGACCUGUACCGCGACCUGGAGCUGGGCACCGUGCUCACGCUCUUCUACUCCAAGAAGUCCCAGCGGCCGGAGAGACGCACGUUCCAGGUGAAGCUGGAGACCCGGACCAUCAUCUGGACCCGCGGCACGGAGAAGAUAGAGGGGGAGAUUGACAUCCGUGAGAUCAAAGAGAUCCGCCCUGGACAGAAGUCUCGUGACUUCGAGCGCUACGCGGAGGACUCGGCGGCGCGGCUGGAGCCGGCGCACUGCUUCGUCAUCCUGUACGGCACCGAGUUCCGCCUCAAGUCGCUCAGCCUGGCAGCCACGUCGGACGAGGAGAUGACGAUGUGGCUGAAGGGGUUAAACUCGCUGCUGGCCGACACCCUGAGGUCACCGACCCCGCUGCAGAUCGAGAGGUGGUUGCGUAAGCAGUUCUACGGCAUCGACCGCAACAGAGAAGACCGGAUAUCCUGCAAAGAUCUGAAGAGCAUGCUGAGCCAGGUCAACUACAGGGUGCCCAACAUGAGGUUCCUCCGAGAGAAGCUUCCGGACUCUGAGCUGAGGAACGGAGACGUGUCCUUCAGCCAGUUCGCUCAGCUCUACCGCAGCCUCAUGUUCGACGCUCAGAAGAGCAUGGAGAUCCCGUUUAUUCAGAGGUUCAUCGACAGACCGGAGCAGAGGAUCUCCCUGGAGGACUUCAAGGGCUUCCUGCUGGACUCCCAGAAGGAGCCGUGGGCCGCCGACAACGACAAAGUUCAGGAGUUCAUGCUCGGCUACCUGAAAGACCCCCUGAGAGAAGUGGAGCAGCCUUAUUUCCACCAAGACGAGUUCCUGACCUACCUGUUCUCCAGGGAGAACACCAUCUGGGACUCCUCCCUGGACCAGGUGUGUCCCGACAACAUGAGCAACCCGCUGUCGCACUACUGGAUCUCCUCCUCGCACAACACCUACCUGACGGGAGAUCAGUUCUCCAGCGAGUCGUCUCUGGAGGCAUACGCUCGCUGUCUGAGGAUGGGCUGCCGCUGUAUUGAACUGGACUGCUGGGAUGGUCCUGAUGGAAUGCCGGUCAUCUACCACGGACACACCCUCACAACAAAAAUCAAGUUUUGCGACGUGCUGACCACCAUCAAAGAGCACGCCUUCAUCACCUCGGACUUCCCCGUCAUCCUGUCCAUCGAGGACCACUGCAGCAUCGUGCAGCAGAGGAACAUGGCCACCUCCUUCCGGAAGGUGUUCGGGGACAUGCUGCUCACCAAGGCCGUGGACGUGGCGGCCGACGGGCUGCCGACGCCCAACCAGCUCCGCAAGAAGAUCCUCAUCAAGCAUAAGAAGCUGGCUGAAGGCAGCGCCUACGAGGAGGUGUCCACCUCCACGCCGUACUCUGAGAACGACAUCAGCAACUCCAUCAAGAACGGCAUCCUGUACCUGGAGGACCCCAUCAACCACGAGUGGUACCCUCACUUCUUCGUCCUGACCAGCAGUAAGAUCUACUACUCCGAGGAGACCUCCAGUAACCAGGGAAACGACGAUGACGAGGAGCACCGAGAGGUGUCCAACGGGAUGGACCAGCACGUGACGGAGAAGUGGUUCCACGGGAAGCUGGGCGCCGGGCGCGACGGGCGGCAGAUCGCCGAGCGGCUGCUGUCGGAGUACUGCCUGGAGACCGGGGCGCCGGACGGCUCCUUCCUGGUCCGGGAGAGCGAGACCUUCGUGGGCGACUACACGCUGUCCUUCUGGCGUUCGGGGCGAGUUCAACACUGUCGCAUCCACUCUCGCCAGGAGGCGGGCAGCCCCAAGUUCUACCUGACGGACAACCUGGUGUUCGACACGCUCUUCGCGCUGAUCAACCACUACCAGCAGGUAGCGCUGCGCUGCAACGAGUUCGAGAUGAAGCUGACGGAGCCGGUGCCGCAGACCAAUGCCCACGAGAGCAAAGAGUGGUACCACGCCAACCUCUCCAGGUCCCACGCGGAGAACAUGCUCAUGAGGGUCCCGCGCGACGGGGCCUUCCUCGUGAGGAAGAGGGCGGAACCCAACUCCUUUGCCAUCUCCUUCAGGGCCGAGGGUAAGAUCAAGCACUGCCGCGUGCAGCAGGAGGGGCAGAACGUGGUGCUCGGCACCUCUGAGUUCGACAGCCUGGUGGACCUCAUCAGUUACUACGAGAAGCAGCCGCUGUACCGCAAGAUGAAGCUGCGCUACCCCAUCAACGAGGACACGCUGGAGAAGAUCGGCACCGCGGAGCCGGACUACGGGUCGCUGUACGAGGGCAGGAAUCCGGGCUUUUACGUGGAAGCCAACCAAAUGCCGACGUUUAAGUGCACGGUGAGGGCCAUGUACGAGUACAAAGCCCAGAGAGACGACGAGCUCUCCUUCAUCAAGAACGCCGUCAUCUCCAACGUGGACAAACAGGAAGGAGGAUGGUGGAAGGGCGACUGCGGCGGGAAGAAGCAGCUGUGGUUUCCUGCCAACUACGUGGAGGAGAUCAGCCCGUUGGCGGCAGAGCCCGAUAGAACGGAGAUGACGGAGAACAGCCCGCUGGGAGACCUGCUGAGAGGAAGCGUGGACGUGUCUUCCUGUCAGAUCGUGGUACGACCCGACGGGAAGGGCAGCCGGCCUCACGUCUUCUCCCUGGUGCCCAGCGCCUCCAUGAGGACGGGCCCGGUACUGGACGUGGCGGCCAGCAGCCAGGAGGAGCUGAAGGAGUGGGUGUUCAAGAUCCGCGAGGUCACGAUGACCUCGGAGGCCAAGCUGGAGGAAGGGAAGAUGAUGGAGAGGAGGAAGAAGAUCGCCCUGGAGCUGUCCGACCUCGUCAUCUACUGCCGGCCGGUGCCGUUUGAUGAAGACAAGAUCGGCACGGAGCGGGCCUGUUUCCGGGACAUGUCGUCCUUCCCGGAGACGAAGGCGGAGAAGUACGUGAACAAGCUGAAGGGGAAGCGCUUCCUGCAGUACAACCGGCUGCAGCUGUCCAGGAUCUACCCCCGCGGCCAGCGGCUGGACUCCUCCAACUACGACCCGCUGCCCAUGUGGCUCUGCGGCUCCCAGCUGGUGGCCCUCAACUUCCAGACAGCCGACAAGCCCAUGCAGAUGAACCAGGCUCUGUUCAUGCUGAACGGGCGGAGCGGCUACGUCCUGCAGCCGCCCGUCAUGAGGGACGACAGCUUCGAUCCCUUUGACAGGCAAACGCUGAGAGGCCUCGAGCAGCUCACUCUGGAGAUAGAGGUUUUGGGCGCUCGCCAUCUGCCCAAACACGGACGCGGCAUCGUGUGCCCGCUGAUCGAGAUCGAGGUGUGCGGGGCGGAUUACGACAGCGCCAAGCUGAAGACCGACUCGGAAGCCGACAACGGGCUGAACCCCACCUGGCCCCGCAAGUCCUUCCAGUUCGUCGUGUGCAACCCGGCCUUCGCCUACCUGCGCUUCGUGGUCUACGAGAUCGACAUGUUCAACGACCAGAACUUCCUGGCCCAGGCCACGUUCCCCAUCCACGGCCUCAAGACGGGUUACCGCUCCGUGCCCCUGAAGAACAGCUACAACGAGGACCUGGAGCUGGCCUCGCUGCUGGUCCACCUGGACGCCACCAGCGGCCGGGAUGAGAGCGUCGAGGUUCUGAGCCCGUUGCUCCCGGUCGGGGCCACGGCGGUGCCGGUACCGGCGGCGGCCGACGCGGCGCCGGCGGGGUGCGAGCGCUCGGGGGACCGGAGCACGGCGUCCUCGGCGUCCUCGGCCGCCUCCCCCCCCGCGCCCCCGUCGCCGGCCGCGGCCUUCGAGCCGCGCUACCAGUCCCCGCUGGAGGACUUCCGGGUGUCCCAGGAGGCGCUGCUGGACCACAUGGACCCCCAGAACCGGCAGACCAGGAUGUUGAGGAGGACCAAAGUGGGCGGAGAGAACCACUUCUGAGCCCGAGCCAAUCAGGACGCAGGACGCAUGACCUGAUCUACGCCCCCCCACCGUACUGAUGAUGUCACUGACUGCUGUGAACACUGUUUCCAUGGAAACGCCCACCACCGCUUUUGGCCUACAUUUCAGGCGCAGCUCUCCCUUCCCUCCAAACUCUCUCUCUCUUUCUCUCUCUCUCUGUCUCUCUGUGUCUCUCUCUCUCUCUCUCUCUCUCUCUCUCUCUGUCUCUCUCUCUCUCUCUCUGUCUCUCUCUCUGUCUCUCUUUCUCUCUGCUUCUCUGUCUCUCUGUCUCUCUCUCUCUCUCUCGACAGAGGGACUGGAACAGGGGGAGAGAGAGAGGGGAAACGGACAUUCCUCCAACAAAACAACAACAAAAAGAGGUCUCUAUAUGAAUCGAUGUAUUUAUUCUGCGCUGGCGGCCGGAGGUCAGCAGCAGCUGCUCUGAGCGCCGCCUCCAUGUUUUUAACUCUUAUUAUUAUUUAAACAUUCAUAAUGUCUCUCUCUCUUUUAUUAUUUUGUAUGUAUAUGUGUAAAAACCGGAGCGUUCUCUCCGGCUAUUUUUUAACCUGCAGGAAUCCGUCAUUCUUUCUUUGACAUUUUUUUUCGCGUGUUGAAGACAUCGAGAAAAAAUCAGAGCGAUGGCGUCAUGUGUUCACAGACACACACACACACACACACACACAGACACACACACACACAGACAGACACACACACAGACACACACACUCACAGACACACACACACACACAGACACACACACACACACACUUCCUUGUGUUAUUCCAUUCCUAUAACUGCUCACAUUCUCUUCUAAAGCCAGAGACUCGAUGCUCUUCGUGUUUUUAGGAUCAAUAAACUACCAGAUUUAGCUUUUGCCGCUUUGUGUGUUUUUAUCCGUGAAUUCCGACAUUUAUUUUUCCCGCUCCGCCCCCAGAAGUGUGUGUGUGUGUCACUGGUGGACCUCCCAGUAUCUGUCCUGACUCCUGUCUUUUAUUCUGUUAUUUUCGUGGUUAUGUCUCCAGCGUUUCUCUGCAGACGAGGCGUCGCCGAGCCUUUCUGUAACGUGCCUGAGCGACGAGAAGUUCAUUUGUAAUGUUUUGCCUUUUUUUUCAUAUGAAACAUAUUCAAGCCUGAAAAGUAAAUAAAAUACUUAAUACUU